AUCCGACUCCAGCCGGAGCCGGAGCCGGAGAUCCAUCCUCUGAUGCUAGGAGGUGCAUCAGAGGGUGGGAUCAGGGGGAUCAGGAAAGCGGGCGCAGCACAGAGCCUCUCACUCCUGUCGUGCUCAUUCUGCCUCCAGGGACUAAACUGUUCAAGGCACCGGAGAGGUGGCCGGAGUCGCGUCCCGGCUCCGGGGAGCCCGUAGGGAGGGGUCGGGUGCAGGCUGAGCUCAGGUCUCCAUGCUACCCUUCCCCCUUUGUCCCUAUCCCUUCCUGCUUAUCCCUAGUCGGGCCAAGCUCCUCCUCCCUCAUCUUUCCCCCGCCCCAGGCAAAGCGCAGAUCUUUGCCCAAGUGCUUUGCGCCUCCGGGAAAGGCAGCGGUCUAAAUAAUUUCCUUGCUUUUGUUUGUUUUAAGCGGCAACUAACCUUUUUCCUGUUACCGCGAAUCUUCGCCCCAGUUUCACAAAAAGUGCCGUUGAGUGCUCGCUUUCCUGUUGUGACUCCGGACUCUGUUCCCUACUGGGGUGGGUUUUGGAAUUGAGAUGUGUGGUGACCUUGUGUUUACCGGCAACUCAGUAUACUACGCAGCUCGAUAUAUUACGCGCCGUUCUAUCCCGGUGGGUGGUCCCAACACUGGAAGGAGAAUUGCUAGUCUUGUGUAUCCACAUAACCGAGCUUUACACUAGGAUAUAUUUGAAAAAUACAGGAAGCAGACCACAAAAUAAUUUUUCCAAUUCUCCCAAAUUUUAAUUUAUAAAUUAUAAAUGCAGUGCUGUAAUUUGCGUUAUAUCAUCAGAUUCUCCAUGUGGCAUUUGAUCCAGUUUAUUAUGAAGUUGCUUAACCUUCUGGAUUCUUUAGGAUUUAACCAUAACAAGAAUCUUACAUUUGUCGAGAGGCCAAGUUAGAGUUUGGAAAAGUCACCAUUUUUCUGUUAUGCUACUUCUUUGGGCCUGAUGGUUCUAUGAACCUCUAAAAGAAGCUCAGAGCUUUCCUUCUGUUUGCUUGGAACAUCCGGAAUCUACUUUCUUAGUAUUUCUCAGCAGUCAACACUAAGAGGAGAAAACAUAAGGAAUUCAUCUUCAUCAGUGGCAUUUAAACAUUUGUGAAACUUAAAAAUUGUAACCAGAGUUCUGAUUCAUGGAACUUCAGAGAAGGCAUAGAAGAUAUGUGACAGAAGCAAGAACAUUUCUGCUGGAAAUAUAAUGGUGAACAGAACAGUCGGUUCCUGCUCUCACAGAACUUAAAGUUUAGCGAGGAAGAUAAAACCAAACAAUUCAGAAGACCUGUUUGAGAUGUGGUGGUUUCAGCAAGGCCUCAGUUUCCUCCCAUCUGCCCUUGUAAUUUGGACGGCUGCUGCUUUUAUCUUUUCAUACAUUACUGCAAUAACUCUCCACCAUGUUGACCCGGCUUUGCCUUAUAUCAGUGACACUGGUACAGUAGCUCCAGAAAAAUGCUUGUUUGGGGCAAUGUUAAAUGUCACCGCAGUUUUAUGCGUUGCUACCAUUUAUGUUCGUUAUAAACAAGUUCAAGCUCUGAAUCCUGAAGAAAAUCGUAUCAUCAGAUUGAACAAAGCUGGCCUUGUGCUUGGAUUACUGAGUUGCUUGGGACUUUCUAUUGUGGCAAACUUCCAGAAAACAACCCUUUUUGUUGCACAUGUAAGUGGAGCUAUACUCACUUUUGGUCUGGGCUCAUUAUAUAUGUUUGUUCAGACCAUCCUUUCCUACCAAAUGCAGCCCAAAAUUCAUGGCAAACAAGUCUUCUGGAUCAGACUACUGGUGGCUAUCUGGUGUGGAGUCAGUGCGCUUAGCAUGCUGAUUUGCUCAUCACUUUUGUACAAUGGCAAUUUUGGCACUGAUAUAGUGCAGAAACUCCAUUGGAACCCUGAGGACAAAGGUUAUGUGCUUCACAUGAUCACUACUGCAGCAGAAUGGUCCAUGUCAUUUUCCUUCUUUGGUUUUUUCCUAAGUUACAUCCGUGAUUUUCAGAAAAUAUCUUUACAGGUGGAAGCCAAUUUACAAGGAUUAACCCUCUAUGACACUGCUCCUUGCCCUAUUAACAAUGAACGAACUCGACUACUUUCCAGAGAUUUAUGAUGAAGGGAUCAAAUAUUUCUGUGAUGAUUAUGAUUCUCAGGGAUUGAGGAAACAUUCACAAAGCUACUUAUUCUGCUCAGAAAUUUUCAACCAAUUAAUCAAGGCUGACAUAGACAUUGAUGAAUACUGAUAAUCAAGAGAUGUGAAAUAAGCCAUUUGUUAAGUUAUUUUAAAGGAUAUCAUCAGGAGGACCAUGUAAACAUGCCUAUACUUUUUUAUUCCAGAAAAUAAAACCAAAGGACUACAACGUUGUAGUUUUUCUACUUUAUUUAAGAGAAACAUGCAGAAGUACACCAAGCAGUCUGCAUGGCCCAGCAUUUCACAUUUUGUAAAUCACUGUAAAGCAUGUUUUGUUUGGAGCAUUUAUGAGAGACAUUUUUCAGGACCCCAAAUAAUCAGUAUUGGUCAGUAAUUCCUUAAGAACUGGAUUUUGAAGCAAUCUUAUUAAUUAUAUCUCUUCAUCAACAAAGUUGUAAACUCUAGAUUUAGGAACUACUUUAGUACAGAAAUAGUGAAGAAGGUUCUUUCAGGUUCUUUAUUCCCCCCAAAGUCAAAAAAGAGAUUUUGUAGUCUUUUAAUUUUUCUUCUGGAAGCCACCUAUAAAGAGAAGCAGGCUUGAAUUCAAGUGAGCUCUUUAUUUUGCUUAAGCUUUACACAAGAGAUUCUGUGAGUACUGAUGAAAUUUUUGCUGCAAGACCAGGUACUAGGCUAACUGAUCUAUCUGACACGUUUGGAGUAGUUUAGUGAAGCUUAAGGUAUGGUAUGAGAUUUUAAUUAAAUGAAGAAGAGAGGUAGCUAUAAGUAAGAGACUUGCUGCAUAAAUUUACAUAAAGCAAGGGGUAAUAAUGUUCAUAUACACUGCUGAGAAGUUUGUGAAUAACAAUAGGUAUGAUUGAUAUCAAAAGUCUUCCCAAUUGCAGUGAGAGCUUCUUAGAUUUUCAUUUACUGCAAAUUAUAGUCAUUUAUAAAAAUAGUCUUAAGCAGACAAAUGUUGAGCCUUUUUAAGGAGAUGUGAUCUUUGUAGAAUCUAAAUUCUAAAGAACCAAAUUCAGCAAUCAAACAAACAAACUAGGUGCUAAAUCAUUAUGAUGCAUGCAUUCGUAAACAAUUUUCUCUCUUUUUCUCUUAUCACACAAGAAGCUAGAUAGUUUCUAUUUGGAUUCCUAUCUGUGCAGAUAAGGAUCUUUUACAGAUCCCUGAGAUUAACAGGUUUAUCCUUUUAGAGGAGAAGGGUCCAUGGCCAGAAGACAUUUUAAGAACAAGUUCAAAAUAUAAGAGGGAGCAAUUUGAGAGAAAAUUCUUACAUAAUGGAACCUGUGAUGUCAAUUAUGAAUAAGUUGCUGGAUAUAGGAGUAAAUAAGCAAUAUUUCUGAAGGCAUUCUGGAAUAACAAGACAAAAUGGAAUAAAGUAAAUACUGUCUUACCUUUAUCAAGAGAUAGUGAACAUGGGAGACAUUCCACUAAAAAAAACAAAAAAAUUGGGAAACAGAUCAUAACAGAUUAUGCUUUUGAAAAUCAUGGUGAAACCACACCUGGGAAACAACUCCCAGUGCUGAUUGCUGUACUCAAGGAAGCUGUAGUUGAAGUUGAAAAGGACUACAGGAUGUUGAGUCUUUAGCUUAUAAAGACCCAAGGCUGAGAGGGAAAUACAAUUAAAGUUCAUAAAAUUAUAAAUUAUGUGUGGGGAUGACAGCACAGGAAAGAACAAGGACUCGUGUCCUUUCCUACAAUGUUAGGUUUAUGGAUAUACAGGAACAAUUUAAAACUUGUUUUAAGAUGAAAAUAUUAAUUUGAUAGCAUUUGAAUUCUGAGUUAACUUUUACCCUUAGAAUUAAAAGGCUGAAAAAAUUAAUAGGUUCAAGAAGGGAUGAGAUAACCAUCUACAAUAAAUAAAGAGAAACAUGGAAGAGGUGUGCAUCCCACAUCUUAAGACUAAAGUAGUCAACCAUACCUUUCUUCAAAUGUGCCUCUCUUCUGUCAGGUAAAACUCUAUCUUGGUUAGCUUGGGUGAAUUGAUAAGGCAUGUCCAUUUGGUUCUAUCAAAAUUUUUGUGCUGAAUGUUUAGCUUUCUAGAUGAGAGGUCUUAAGCUAACAAAAUUGGCAGAUACUGCUAACAGAUAAUGGAAACUGUUUUCUUGUUCUGGGUACACAGCAACACCAUAUCCUCCAGCCUCCCUUGCAGUUAGGUGUAGACAUGAUCCUGAAUUUCAGCCAGUAGAGUGUGAGUAGAAUGAAUAUGUUUGCUAUUUUUGUGCUAAGGAUUUAAGAAGCAGUAAUGUUUCCUCCUAAUUUUCUCCCCUUGUAUCAAUUGGAUCUUUAUGACAAGGUUGUAGGUGGUGGCAGAAUCACAAAUUAGAAGGAAUCUGAACUUGUUCCCUUUUAAUUAGAUUUUAGAAAAUCAAACCUGGUAUAUGAUGUAAUUCAGGUACUCAUUUUAUAUCCAUACCAGUUAGUAGGAUUAUGUUGCAGAUCCUUAAAAUGGUGUCAUGUAAGUGCACAGUGAAUUUAUGAAGGAGAAAGACAAUUUUUCUUAUCACUUCUGUAGUAUCCAAUAUAAAUUUAGUGCAAAAUAAAAGUUGAGUAAAUACCAACUUA